AAGUUUCGCUCAACAAGACAGCCUCCACAUCAGUCCAUAAACUGGUGUCUUUCUCACGACCUCGAUAACAUUUUUUUUAUCUGUUUUUUUUUUAAAUUUUUAAUAAAUAAUAUUACUAAAUGUAUCAACAAAUACAAAAAAUAUAAUUUAUCAUCAAUUAAUCAUUUUUAAAUUUAAAUAAUAAAUACAUUUUUUAUAUUUUAUUUAUUUUUUACUCAUUUUUUAAAAAAAUUCAUUUUAAACAAUUUUGUGAAGUUUAUUUAAAAAAUUUUGUGAAUAUUUAAUUAUAUUUUUUUUUUUUAUACAAAUAUUGUUUAUUUUAAGUGAAAUGUUUUUUUUCAUUUUGGAGUAAUUUUUUAAAAUUAUUUUGUUUAUAUUCAGUAUUUUUUUUUAUAUUGUUUUUUUUUAUAUUUAUUGAGUUUAUAUUGUGUGAUGAAUUGUCAGUGAUUGAUUUCAACAUACUCCAGGAAUUUUCCUAGGAGAAAUAAAUUGAAGCUUGAAGAAGAAGGAGAGACACAUCGACUUGUAUAAAAAAUAAAAUAUUAAAUAUAAAAAAAAAUGAAAUCAGUAGAACAACAACAGCCAAGUUCAAUGGAUUCAAGUGAUUCAGUAAAUGGUGGUGGUAGUGAAUAUGCAUACAGACCAUUGACAACAAAACACAGACGUGCUGGAAGUACUGGUACAACUGGUGAUGAAGAAUAUACAACAGAUGAAGAUGAAUUAUAUCCAGAUGAAGCUGAUUGUGCUGGUAUAUCAUUACAUUCAACAAAUCCAAUAUCAAAAUCUGAUCUUGCACGUGCUGCAACUGAUUUAUUUGGUUAUUCAAAACGUAAUGAUGAUGAAAAUGAUCAACCAACAAGUCUAUUUGAAGAUGAUGAUGAUACAAAAUUUAAAAUUGAAAGUAGUGGCAAAAGUUCAACGUCAAUGUUCACUUACGACAAUAAAUUAACGACAAAUAUUGCGUGUUCAAGUAAAUAUCGUAAUUCAACAAGUAUUGAUAAAAUAAAAAAACCAACAAACACAAUAAAUGAUUUACAAAAAAUAAAUAAUAAUAUGGAAAAUAAAUUAUUUAAGUUGGAUAAUAAUGUAGUUGAAACAAUGCCAUUGGAUUUACGAUUAGACAAUGAACUAGUUAAUGAUAAAAUAUUACCAAUGUCAUUUGAAUCAUCAAGUAUUAUUAUCAAGGAUAAAAACAAGAUUGAUGAUAAUUCAAUGAGAGAAAUAAAUGAUGAUGGACCACCUUCACCAACAACAUUGCAAUGGGAGAAAGCUGUUGCUGAGGUCAAGGAACAUGCAAUAACAAAAUUACAGGAAGAACUUAAACGAGCACAUGAAGAGUUAAAACUCAAGGACGAGGAAGUCACGAGAUUGUCAAGAUUUAGACAGGAUGUUGAGACAGAAGUUGAAGAAUUAACAGCUAGUUUAUUUCAAGAAGCACAUAAUAUGGUUAAAGAAGCAAAUAUACGUCAAGCAACAGCUGAACGUUUACUUGAAGAAAGUAGAAUGAAAGUUGAGGUAUUAGCUGCUGAAGUUAUUGCAUUAAAAACACUUGUAUUAACAUCAACACCAGCACGUCCAAAUCCACAUUUACAUCCACAAAUUGAUACACGUUGUCGUUCAAAUAAUAAUGAUGAAUCACAAGGUGGUUUAUUUAGUAAAAAAUAUAGACCAUCACCAACAAAUAUUAAUCAUAAAAAUACACGUGAAUUAUCAUCACCACCAGAAUCACCACAAAAAGAACAAAAACAAAUGAAAAUUAAUGAAAAAAUUAUGUUAAAUGAUAAAUAUUGUACAGAACAAACAAUACGUGAUAAAGAUUGUGAUAGAAAUGAUGAACGUGAACAACGUGAUAAGGAUAAAGAUAAAGAUAUUAAAGAUCUUGGUAUUGAAGUUGAUCCAAGAAUACAUUGUGAAUUUUUAAGAUGGAAAGAAAAUCCUUGUAUUGAUAUGAAUAAUAAAUUUAUAUCACGUAUAUUUCAUGAAGAUAUUGAUUUAUGUUUGGAUUUUCCAAAUAUUGAACUUGGUGAAAAAGUACGACAAGCUGUUCUUGAUGGUAUCAUAUUCAUUGAGGCUAUUAGUGACAAAAAGAAAACAUUAUUUCCAAAAAAAUGUGUACUUUUGGAUGCAGCAAGACAAUGCCAUUAUCGAAUGAGACUUGGUGAUGAUGAAAAUCAAUGGCACAGUAUAUCACAAAUUUGUCGCAAUCGUAUUAUUGCAGUUUGUGAUUUUUUAAAUUACCUAAGAUAUGUUGAGCGUGGUCUCGUCAAGAGUUCAGUCCAUGACAUUUAUUGGGAAAUAACACGACUUAGAAAAGAAAUGGUUUUAGCACGUCUAGGACUUGCUUUGUCUUCCUAAAUAAUAAUUAUUCGUUCGUAAUUUUUU